CGUUCACAUAUGUUUUAUGCUGUAACUUUGACAAUUUUCUUUGACAUUUGUGAACUGUGAUAUGAAAAUAUGACCUUCCAUCUCCUUGCUGUCAUGUUUACAAAUAUUUUAUUUAGUUUAUAAUUCAGCAUUGCCAGCCAGUGUUUUGCGUAACACUACAAAGUCGACAAAAUCAUGAAGGUAGUUGCAUUGAUAAGUGGUGGUAAGGACAGUACUUUCAACAUGAUGCAGUGCAUUGCUGCUGGACAUCAGAUCGUAGCUCUAGCCAACCUCAUUCCUCAUAGUAAAAAGGAAAUCGACAGUUUCAUGUAUCAAAGUGUUGGCCAUGAGGCCAUUGAUCUCAUUGCUGCAGCCAUGGAUUUGCCCUUGUAUAAAAAAGAAACCUUCGGAAUAUCCAAUAUAAAAGGAAAGAUCUAUGAACCUACAGAAAAUGAUGAAGUCGAAGAUUUAUACAUAUUAUUAGAACAAGUCAAAAGUGAAAUGGAUAUUGAAGGUGUAUCAGUUGGUGCUAUUUUUUCCGAUUACCAAAGAGUUCGAGUUGAAAAUGUUUGCAUUCGUCUAGGACUAACGCCCUUAGCCUACCUAUGGCAGAGAGACCAAGAAGAACUGCUCGAUGAAAUGAUCAGAUGCGAGGUAGAUGCAAUUCUGAUAAAAGUGGCCAGCCUUGGUCUUGAGAUAAAACAUUUAGGCAGAUCUUUGAGUCUGAUGCAGCCUCAUCUCUUAGCCAUGCACGAGAAGUACGGAUUGAACGUCUGCGGUGAAGGAGGCGAAUACGAGUCACUAACUUUAGACUGUCCAUUGUUUGUGAGUAGAUUAGUAGUAAAGGACUCGGAAGUUGUCAUUCACUCAAAUGAUCCUAUAGCUCCAGUAGGUUACCUAAUAUUCAAAAAGUUAGAGUUAGAAACGAAAUUGCCACCGUUAGAUUUAAUGGAUCGUCUUGCCGGGCUACCGUUAAAAGAUAGUGAUGGUUAUGUGACAGACCAUGGUGAGGAAGCAUACGAAUUCAAUGAUAACGAAGCAGAUGAACAAGAUGAACGUUCUGAAAAAUGCAACGUAGAGAUGUGUUGCACGCCACCAAAUAUUGUUCAACAGGCUACUUCAGGGAAAAGUAAACAGGGAUGGUUGUGGAUUGGUGGGGUACAAGGAAAGUCUUCCAAGCCUUUGGAGGCGAUGCAAGAAGCCACAGAUAUUUUAAAGUGUGAAUUGGAUGAAUAUCACCAUACUGUAAAAGAUGUCUGUUCAGUGACAAUGUUCAUAAGCGAUAUGUCUCAGUAUGCAGAUCUGAACAAAAUAUAUGUGGAUACAUUCAACCAUGCCAAUCCGCCUUCUAGAGCUUGUGUUCAGGUUCCAUUUGACAAAGAUUGUCCUGUUAGGAUAGAAGCUCUAUCAUGGAAACAAACUGAGAGCUCAGGGGAUACUCCCUAUGAAAGAAGCACAAUACAUGUUCAAAGCAGGUCCCAUUGGGCUCCUGCAAAUAUCGGUCCUUACAGUCAAAGCAUAAUGGUGCGUCACACCAUCUUACUAGCUGGUCAAAUAGGGCUGGUCCCAGGCUCCAUGGAAAUGGUCAAAGGAGGAAUUAAAUCCGAAUGUCAAUUGACCUUGAAGCAUGUUACUAGGCUACUGAAAGCAAACAAUCCCAAUUUUAAUUUGAGAAAUGUUGUGCAGGGUAUCUGUUAUAUAACAGACAUAUCUUACGUGAAAGAAGCGAGAAAAUUGUGGGAAGAAAAGACCAAUAAUGCGAUUGUGGACUAUGUAGUUGUAACAGGAUUGCCAAGAAAUGCACUAGUUGAGUGGCAUGUAUGGGCUCACAAGUACAAUAACCAGUUUGAUUAUGAGGAGCGAGGAAAAUGUGUAAAUAGCUACUCGAUAACUAUAUAUCGACGAUGGAACAUCGAGAAUAACAUAUCAUGUAUUCUUUGCCAUGUAGACCAUCUCAAUCCAGAGGCUGAGUUUGAAGAGAAUAUCUUCAAGGAAGCAAUGGAUUACGCGGUACAAAAGUUGAAGCAAGACAGCGAAGAUGAAACUUCAGUUAUAAGUGUAAAGGUUUUCUAUUCUGUUCAGAAAAAAUUAUCUUCUAGUAUAUUAAAAAAAUACUUUGACAAUACUCACGACGAUGUGGCACUUAGCUACACUUUAGUACCUGUUGUUUCUCUGAAAACAAAACAGACUUUUUUGUCGAUAUGUGGGAUACGAUUUCCUUGAAUUGAUGGUGAGUGAGAUGUGCGAAUCAAAUGGAGGAUGUCACGGCAAAAAUGGUCGGUUAUGUGCUAAAACUUGUUGGUUCCAGAAAGCACUUAUUUUGCCACAUUUCCAUCGAGCUGUGGCAUACUGAAUUUAAAAUGGGAAAGUUAUGAACAUAUACUUUGUUUACUGAUUUCAUAGUGUAAUUUUCGGUGAACAUAGAUGUUUGCUUCAUGUGGUAAAUAGUCAAUAUACAAUUUAUUUUGAUAUCUGUUCUAAACCCGAUGCUUAAAAAGUGUAGAUUAGCAAAGAUACAACAUAUUAUAGAAUUUAAUUUAUAUGAAAUUGAAUCGUAGUUCGUUUUUUAUUAGCAUUCUGUAAUUUUUAGCCGGAUUCUUACCAUCAUCGUACAAUAAAAAAUUAUUCAUAUCUUAAAUUUUGUUUUAUACUCUUCUUAUUGCGCACCAACAUUUAGGUAAAUAAUAAUAAAUUAGUCAAACGAUUGAUAUUUUUCAAAACAUUCAGUGUCAUUUUAGAAUAGCAGCGGCAUAUUCUACUAUUCCCCUCCAUAAUAGUUUUGAGGACUAAAACCUUUUCAUCUACAAUAGGGCGGUAUACUCUAUGAAUCCGUUUUCCGAGCGUCAAAUAACGCUUUUCAGCCUAUGGACUCCUUGUGCCCUGGUGCAUAAAGUUACCAUAGCGACUGCAGCACUUGAAAUAACCUAUGUUGAAUAUAAUAUAGCAUUCAUUGAAAUUAUCAUAUACAUAAUUGUCAUUUAGGUUUUUCGGGUUGGAUUUUCUCCAGAGCUUUCAGUUGCAGCUGCGGCAGCCAUCUUCAGUGGCGCUGUCAUCGAGAGCGAAGAGCUGAUCGGUCAACUGGAUGGGCGUGCGGUUUAAUAGGCGGACCGAGGACUGAGCUAUCUGGUGGGCAUACUCUGGGUCCCUUGAGCGACGUGGUUUUGGUGCUGCGUUUUUUAGAAUUUGGAACCACGUUUUAUUUAAAGCAAGGCCUUCUUCUUUUCUAUUGAAAUUAUCCUUGUGUUUGUGGAUUUCAAUUGUUUUUCUGUACAUUUGGGCUGAGUAGUCUGUGGAUGUUGGUAAGACUUCAGUUUGGUCGAACAGAACAUUGUGGCCAUCUAGUAGUGCGUGUUCGGCCACUGCUGAUUUAUCCGUAUGUCCCAGUCGACAGUUUCUUUCGUAAUCCUUAAUAUGUGUUUCAAAACUACCUAUAGUUGUGCCUACGUAUACUUUACCACAGGAACACUGUAUUCCGUAUACGCUGGCACCGCUCAGGGGUCCCUAGGGCACUUUACUGAUGUUGAGAGUUGCUGGACUUUUUUGUCGGAUUGUACAUGGUCUUGACGUUGUGUUUCUGCAGCAACCUUCCUAUUCUAUCCGUAAUGCCUUUAAUGUAUGGUAGGAAGGAGACUCCCGCAGGUGGUUCCUUGUCUCCUGCCGGUGGUCUGCCUUUUUGUCGUGAAACCUGUUUUAUUUGUUCCCUGUGAUAGCCAUUUGCUUGUAAAACUAUGUUACCAUGAUCCAAUUCCCCUUGUAGGUAUUGAGGUUCACAAACUCGGUGUGCCCUGCCUAUCAGAUUUUUAAUGACACCUCUUUUUAUCUGUCAGUGUUGGUUGCUUUGCAGUAAACUCUGUGACCCAGCUUUAAGUUCUCUUGUCUGAACACCAAUACGUCCAGAAAGGUCAGUUGAUUGUCCUCUUCUAUAUCCAUUGUGAAUUUGAUUUUGGGGUGAAUGCUGUUUGGGUGAUUUAGGAUCACUGCUAGUUCUGUUCUUCCGUGGCUCCAUACCACAACUGGGACGAUUGGAAGAUGGCUACCGCAGAGGUAGCUGAAAACUCUGUAGAAAAUCCAACCCGACCCCGGCUCAACAGCCCGAAAAACCUAAAUGACAUUAGAAUUCGCCGUAUCCUUCAAUAGUCAUAUAGUUGUUAUUAGGCAACGGCAUAACUACUGAAUUUAUAAUAAUACAGUCACUCUGGAUAUUUUUUAUUCUGUGUGAAAACUGCUCAAGGGUAAAGACAAACAGAGCUGUUUUGACCGACGCGUUUAUCGAAUCGGCCGCGUUCUAGUAAUCCACACUGAGCUGUUUCUUCAGCGGUUUAUGCAGUGAUCCAUUCGAUUUGCAGAAUGGAUGACGUAUUGUAUUUAUCGCUACUGUAUUUGUAUUGGAAGAUUAGUAAAAAGAAAAAAAGGAAUAGAAGAAUGUGGAUACAUCCAAUCAUCGAAGAAAGGCAGCGAAAAGGUCAUUUUCAUCCAUUGUUUGCGGAUUACAAAGAGAUGAAGAAAAGUUUUUCAACUUUACUAGGAUGUCGCGAAUUACUUUUUACGAGUUAUUAGCAGUUUGUGGAGAAAAACUAGCAAAGAAAGAUGCACGUAUGAGAAAUGCGAUAAUAUCAGAGGAAAAACUAGUAAUAACUAUCCGGUAAGCAAAUAAGUUAGGUAACUGUUUCUCAUUUUAUUAAAAAUUUACUCCACAAUCUUUCAUACAUUAUAAGAGUUUAUUUAUUCAAUUCAUAUUAAAUAUACUAAACUGGGAAUCGUCUUCCGAAAAGUGGGAAUAAUAUCUUAUAACUGAUUCAGCUGGUGAAGGAGCUGGAGGUAGUGUGGAGUUUAUCUGUUGUUUGGCGGCAUUCUGAGAUACUCCAUACUGCUCUUGUGGAUGUUGUACAAGUCCUGACUGAUUGGGAUAAUGGGUUAUGGAAUGUCUUGGCAGUGCAAUAAGUGAAGGUACUAAGGAAAGUGGUAAUUGUCAUCUUCAGUCAUCGUAUUGUUUGCUCUUUUUUCGUAAUUUUCAAGUGAAUGUAAUAAUUUCUCUUCGACCGGGUGUGUCCUUUUUUUGCAAAUUUUAGAAUUAUACUUUUCUUUAUAGAUUAAAGUGGGCGUUUCAGGUUUAUUUGUAUCUAAUUAGGAUGAAUAUUCAUUAUCUAAUGAACUGGUGGUUUGUCUGGGCAGUAUUAUAUCUGUGAGAAAUUGUAACCUCUGUGUAUAAACGUAAGGAGCUUUCCGAUAAGCUCCAGCCCCUGACUUUCCUUUCCUUUGAUGAAUAUCUAUUGAAAAGUUGUCUCGCAUAUUUUUCCACUUUUUAUGCAAUUCAUUACCUGUAACAAAAUAGAAUUACGUACAUAACGUUUUAAUUAACUGCAUUUUUUCAUUUUAGAUAUUUGGCUACGGGCUGCUCUUUGGCCGAAUUACAUUAUAAUUUUCGUAUUGGUAGAUCUAUUGCUAGUAACAUUAUCCAAGAAAUAUGCGAAGCAAUAUGGAUUGAAUUAGCAGACAAAGUUAUACCGCAAUGUUCAACAGAGAAAUGGAUAGAAAUUGCUAAAGGGUUUCAAACAUGUGCACAGUUUCCCAACUGUGUAGGAGCAAUAGACGGGAAACAUAUUUGGACUAAGCAGCCACCCAAUAGUGGGUCUAUGUACUACAAUUAUAAACAGUACUAUUCUACGGUACUGUUUGCGAUGUGCGAUGCAAAUUAUUGCUUCUCGUAUAUUGAAGUGGGAUUAUAUGUUAAAUCAAGUGAUGCUGGCAUAUUCACAAAUUGUAAACUUUAUGAACGAUUAGUUGAUGGUACAUUGGGAGUCCCUGCACCAUGUGCUAUUGACGAAACGAAUGAAAAAUAUCCUUUCAUAAUAGUUGGCGAUGAGACAUUCCCCUUAUCCGAAAAUUUGCUUAGGCAUUUUGGAGGUAAACAACUGACACCUUUAAAAGAAACUUUCAAUGCUAGAUUAACCAGAGCCAGAAGAUAUAUCGAAUGCUGUUUUGGUAUUCUAGCCAACAAAUGGCGUAUAUUUCAUCGACCUAUUGACCUCGAUAUUGAUGUAACUGUAACUGUAGUUAAAGCUGCUUGUGUGUUACAUAAUUUUAUAAGGACAAGGGAUGGCAAUCGGUGGAAUGACGAGAAGUUAGAUGAAAAUAUCAAUCUUGAAGGUCUAGCACCAGAUACAACCCACAGAGGAAAUCCAUUAGCAUUAUCCGCUAGAGAUAAAUACGGUCAAUAUUUUGUAGAACAAAAAACCGUUAAAAUAAUAAAGAUAGCCAAUAAAAAAUGUUAAUUUGUUCUUAUUAUAAACAAUUAUUAUACCUACCUAACUCCUUCUUUUCGUCAAUCGUGCUGUUUUCUUUUGCAAACAAAUUGACUAGUUCCUACCAACAUUUUCUUCUCAUAACCCUAUCGCUGUAUUCCUUUUUCCUCAUAUCCCAAAGUGGCGGUCGGUUCUCUACUUCGCUAAUUAGCUUUUCAAUAUCAAUUUUGUGUGCUUCCAUUUCUAUACAAAACGAGUCGAGACACGUACGUGUGUGAACAGAGUAAUGUAAUGACGCUGAAAGACUCGACGCGCCACUUGAAUUAAACCGACUCGAUUCCUUCUGAGGAAUCGAGUCGGUUUAAUAACUACAAACCGAAGCUGUUUUAAAACCGCCGCAUGAAACGCGUCGUACCGCUGUGUGUAUUUUGUACUACGAAUGAUAUAUUAUACAGCCUACGACUCGGGCACCAAUUCGAUAAACGCGUCGGUCAAAACAGCUCUGUCUUUACCCUUAAUUUUUAUAAGCGUUUUAUGCCCCUUUGCGUAUUAGAGCCGGCAGCGUUUCAUCUGAGCUCCUAGAUAUAUAAAUAAAUAUUAUGUACCGCAAAGGACUUGGACUUUCUGAAAUUAACUCCUAUUAUACUGAUACCUUUCAGCGAGUAUACAUUUAUUGUUCCCGAACAUUCACAACAUUUUAAAAAACCAGAUCUUACGGGACUAUAAAAAUUAAAAUAUAUGGGCAUAUGGACGAUAUGUACAGUUGACGAAAUCAUAGUGUUCCAAUUACGAAUUAUGUUCAUGUUCAUAACUUUUUAGAGAUCCCGUGACUUAUUGUAAAUCUUUUCACGAAGCGACUUACCUAGCAUUUGUCUAAUUAUGCACCAGAUGAAUAAUAUAUAUUUUUUGCUCAAAGUUAUUCAAAAGUUGAUGCCGUUUUGCAAACAUUAGAAGUCACUUCGUGUGAAGUCCGACUAUAUGUGUGAUAACGGUAAUUUUAACUAUAUAAGAAUAUAUUCAUAUGAAAGAUGCUGUGCAACCAUUGUAGUAAAUGUAUAUGGUAGAUCGUUGUUGAUUUUUGUAUUUUUUUUGUUGAUAUAUUUGUAAAUGUUGAAGUAUAGCAGCUUCAAAAUGUCGUAUGCAACAUGAACAGAAUAUACUUUUAAGAAUAGUACAUAAUUUUUUUAAUCUUAUAAAAGAUACAACGAAUGCAAACAGUUUGGGACUGCAGUUCAUAUUGCAUUUACAUCGACAAGCGAUUUACACAUGUUGACAUUCACACCUUCUAGCUAUAAAAGUGCUGUGGCAUAUUUUGCCAGAUUCCCUAGAUGGCGGCUGGACGCGAUCUAGGAAAUUUUUUAAAUGGAAUGGUGGGUCAUGUGAUACCUCGUUUUGAAUCUCCCAUUGAGUACUGUAUAAUACUAGAGUAGAAAUUUACUAUCUUCACUAAAAUGGCGGACUGUCAAAAUUGAACGUUUUUGGCAUUGCUGCAAUGCUGUGAUGGAAUUAUUCAUUGUCUUUUAUCUUCAAAAUGCAGGGGUGAGUGUGGACGGGUACAGCGAGAGCCUCGAGGUUGCUUACGCCAAUCUGAGACAAUGAAUCCAUCAUAACAUUAAAAUGCCAAAAAAUGGCAAACGCGACUUUUUUACUUGAUGGAGUCAUCAACCGAUUCCAUUCAACAGAAGUGCAACAGUCAAAUGUAUGAGUAUGUUAUUCUACAAGCUAAAAUUGACCCUUAGAGGAGAGAGAGAGACGUCAACAUGACAUGGCAGUCGGCAAUUAAGGUAGUAUCUACACUGUGGACCAAUUAUGUAAGUAAAAUGCAAUGAUGGUCUUUAUGAUUUUUAUGGAACAGGGUUCCCAAUCUUUUUUUGUUGAGGCUCCCCGGACUAUAAAUUAUAUUCUCAUGCCCCCCUUUACUUUUUCAAUAAAUACAAUAAAACGCA